AUGCAGGACGCUAGAACGGGGAGUCGUCAGAGAUGCAGGUUGGAGCCGGUGGAAGAAGCUGCCCAAGUGGCCUCCUCUUCAUGCUGCGCGCUGCACAACAACUUCAUCGCGCUGCCUGAUAGAAGACGAGGUCUGAUUCAUCUAUGGAACAGAACCACGCAAAGUGCGAGGCAGCUGGCAGGUAAGCACAGCUCUCCUGUUUCUGCGCUCUGCUUCAACACGAGAGAGCCCCUCUUGCUGUACUCGGCUUCAGCUGAAGCGCUGGUGGAGUGGACGGUUGAGGACGGGUUCGAGUCGUUGAUCAAGGAGAAGGAAGAUCGGUCUAGGUGCCUGCAAGUGUACUUCGACUCGCCACCGCAGCACAUGGAGCUCGACCCAUCCUCUGAGCGGCUGGUCGUGUGUGCAGGACAGGCAGCAAGAGUUGUAUCCUGCUCGAGCGGGAGAGUGGUAGCCCGCCUGGAAGGACACGAAGCUUCAGUGAUCGCUGCCUCCUUCCUGCCGAAUCGUCCUGACGUGGUCGUCACUGUAGCUGAAGACCGACGCUUUCUUGCCUUCGACAUUCAAGCAGGGCUUGUCCUGUACUCGUCUGCAAUCCUCUGCUCCUCCUCGCUCGUAUCUCUGGCUGUCGAGACGUUUGGGACCAGGUUUGCCAUCGGAUCGUCGGACGGGAAAGUUCGACUCUUCGACUCCGCUGACUUCAGGCAGCUGCUGGUGAUUGACGUCAACUCCAUGAUGGGGCUAGAGGAGAAACCAUGGAGGAAGCAGGCGGCCGACACUGCCACAGGGAGUGAGGAGGGCGAGAAAGUAAUCUCAGCCGUUCCCUCCUGGAAGAAAGCCUUCGAUAGCAUGGAGGAGCUGUGUGAAGACGCGGGGCCGAUGACGGGGGUUGCGAUUGAGUGCUCGCCCAUCAGCAUGAUUUUCCUGGCGAGGAGGAGGGAGACUGUUGACAACAGCAUGAGGGCGGGUAACGAAGUGAUCCGGCUGAGCGCUGCAGGGGGGGAGAGGACGAGCUCGAACGAGUGGAAGGAAGCGAAGAGGAAAGCUCCGUCCUUGAUCAUCGCCACGAGUCACGCGCUGAUAGAGCUGAACUUGAGCGCGAUGGAGCUCUGCUCCUCCAUCUUCUUCCACUCUCAGUUCGACCAGAACGAGCCGGGCAAUCGCAACGCCCUCAGCAUGUCCGUUGACUUUGGUGUGGUCGCUCAUGCUGCGAUGGAGAGCAGCCAUCUGCUCGAUCCUCGCGAUCUGCAAGUUGUCUUGAGCGGCGCCUUCACCCCCAGCAUCGCGAUCCUGCACGUGGAUCUCUCCCGAGGAGAGGAAGAGGAGGAUGGAGACCCCUUGAGCCGACAGCGAGGAAGGGAACCUCUCCCUCAGGCAGCCUUCUCCGGCUCAGAAAGUUUCGCUUCCGUCUUCCCGGCCGGGCCCCCGUCAGAGUCCUCGUUCCUUUCGAGCAAGAGCGAGAGCAAGCCUUCCUGCAAGGCCCCGCAGACUCGCAAGAGGGAAACGCUCGAGGGCAUCAAACGAUCGUCGGGAGUCACUCAAGAUCAGGUUGAUGGUCCUCCCUUCCCAACGUCUCUCGUCCCCACCCUAUGCAUCAUCAACAUGGCCUCUAAUGUCAUUGUCGGUGUCGUUAUCAUCCUGCUUUUGCACCUGCUCUUCAUCAUUACCAUUACCACCACCACCAUCAUCAUCACCAACAUCACCACCACCAUCAUCACCACAACCAUCGACGUCACGAAUUCCUCUCCCUUCCAACCCGUCACCUUCAAGAACACCAUCAAGUCCAGCGGUUACGGUGGGGGCCUGGCCAAGGGUGUCAAAGUGGUCAACCUUGUCAACGCCGUCCAAGCCGUCCAAGGAAAAGCCCAGCAAAGUCGGCGCGUGGAAUUUUCUCCUGACGCUUCGCGGGUAGCGAGCUGUUCGUCGGACAACACGAUUGCUCUGGCCCGCACCCCGCUCAAAAAGUACUCCGGGGAGGCCUCGUUCCUCACGGGCCAUACAGGAAGCGUCAACUCGAUAGCCUGGAGCAGGGACAGUAACUUUCUCCUCUCGGCCUCGGCAGACAAGAGCGCAAGGCUCUGGUCGGGCAAGGGGAAGGGCGAGACUCUCCUCCUUCUCAACAGAUUCUCGAGCUCGAGCAAGACCAGCAAGACGUCUUCCCUCGAACCGCCGCAGACCUUCUGCUCAGAGGUGAAGGAGGCGAGAUUCUUCUACAUGGACCGGUUCCUCGUCCUCGCCGUCGGCAAGCAGCUGCUCUUCUUCGAGUGGAAGCUGCACACAGCGGACGAGAAGGAUGAUAUCGACCGACUGAAGAAGAGUCACAAAUCGAAGCUUGUGGCUUCCUUCGACUCAUCCGCGCAGAAUAUUGUCUCUAUAGCUUGUGUUAACAGCUUCCUCUCGCACAUCGUCCUCUCCUCGGGGUCUAAUCGCCACAUCGAAGUCUGGGACGCCAACGCAGGAAAAGUGAUCCAAACUUAUCAGCAGGUGGCCAAGUUCACAGGUCAUACUUGUCGCGUCCAUCCUGUAGGAGUUGCCUUCAGCCCCUGCCUAAGAUUCAUCGCGACGGGGUCAGAAGAUAAACUCGCGUAUCUCUUCGACCUGCGCGCGGGGACCGGGUCUUACCAGCAGAAACUGGAGGAGCGGAGGACUGGAGAGGAAGAGGAAGAGGAAGGAGGGGGGAGAAAGGCGGAUGGAGACAGGGAGGCGGACGAGGACGAGGACGAGGACGAGGACGAGGACGAGGACGAGGACGAGGACGAGGACGAGGACGAGGACGAGGACGAGGACGAGGACGAGGACGAGGACGAGGACGAGGACGAGGACGAGGACGAGGAUGACUUUGCGGCAGGCCUUCAAUCCUUUAUUUCCUCAGCUGGUGACGUCAAGUGCCAACGGCAAGCUCGUGGUGUACAAUGA